AUGGCACCGCGUCGUUGCUUGUCUUUGGUGUUGCUUUUCCGAACUGCCGCAAGUAUGCGUGGGUUAUCCACUCUCUACUGCCUGGCAUGCGAGCGGGAAGGCUGCCUCGUGAACUCCCACUUCUUGGAGGUGUGCCGGGUGCUCGACACAUCGGAGGAGUGCCCAACGGAGUUCGAUUUCCGCGGGAAUUAUUUGGGCGAUGCGGGGGCGGCGGCGAUUGUUCGCACGGUGGCGAUCAUGCGAUGGGUGCGUUUCAUUGAUCUUCGGGAUAGCGGGGCGGGGGCGAAGACGGUAGAGGCGUUGGUGGCCGUCGCCGAUGAGCACCCGAGCCUUCGUUGCGUGGACCUGCGCGGCGGAGGGAACGAGGUAUUCGCGAUGUCGGGACGGCGGUUGCUGGCAGCAUUGGGCCGCUGUACAAGGUUGGUCGUUCAUGUCAACUACGAUGAUCUUCCAGCGACGAUGGCGCGUAAGCUACAGGCAGUCAAGCAACGGAACGAACAGCUGCAGCGUGAGGAAGAGGCCGCGAUGGAGGCCGAAAAAAGGGCAGUAAUGCCAGUGCUUGACUCACUUCAGGGCAAGGGUCACGAAGAGGAUCUCUUCUACCUGGCGACGCAUGACAGCGAUGGAAACUCGCUCUACAGCGAGGAUCCAAAUCUAUUGCAUCUGGUGGAUAGCCUUAACACAUACAUGGAGGAUUAUUUGGAGAGCUAUCAGUAUGUUGGCCGCGUGGCGGCACUUUUAGCAGUCGAUCUGGGUGCAGCGAUUCUUCCAUGCAUUCGUGCGACAGCCGUUGCCGUACCACCUUCUGUGGCGACGAGCACCGGACGUGUGUACCCACUAGAUGUUGUUGCAACGAUACGAGCAGUAGAUGCCCUUCUUGGUGGAUUACGCGCGAAUCCAUUUCUUCUCGAGGAACUGAUUGAGACUCGCGGGCCUAUUUUUGAGAUGUAUUUGAAUAAACUGAGGGAAACACGUGGGGAGCACGAGUCGCUUGUGACAAGCCGUUUGGGAUUGUGUCCUUCCUAUCAAGAAAAAAUGUUGGUGGUUGAAAUGCGCACCCUCUACAACCGGAUCGUUGCGGGUAUUGUUCAGAAGUCCAUGGUAGACUUGCCAUCGAUGUGUCACGUGGAGGAGCAUCUGCGCCGCGUGCGUGUCGAGGUGAUAAACCGACUGCUGGAGGGAAGAGAACGUGUGCUGCCGGUUCUCAUGGCACAGGUGCAGUACUUUGGGUACAAUCAUGCGAAGCAGACAACGAGGUGGGCCGAGGCGUAUGCAACGAAAAAAGAGGAGCCACCACAGAAGUCGGAGCGGAUGGAGGGAUCUGACGAAGAGGACGAGGAGGAGCCUGAUGCCGUUGCCGAUUCGUCGCCCGUUACCCCAAAGAGGGGCGCAAACAUGUGCGUAGAGGCCAUCUUUGAACUACGUGAAUUGCUGCAGGACAAUUACACGUCGCUUCGCUACGCCGUCACCAGGCCGUUGUUUGAGGCGCUCCCCAUGGAAAUACGGAUGUUUCUAUCUGAUCUUGCGCUGCGGCGUGCUGCAUCGCUUUACACCCCGAACAUAUUUGUGCUGGAGAGGAAGGAGAAGGCGCAGCCACCGGGGCAGUGCGCAGAGGGUUGGCCGUUAACGACGAAGGUAGACGAUCCCUUUGACAUCGUUCGAAUCUUUGAGCGGGUUCGCAGUCGGCAGGAUCUCUCGGAGGUUUUAUGUGCCUUUGAGGAGUGGUAUCGGCUGCGGCAGGUGGAGUGUUACGAUGUGACGUAUGUGAGUCGACAGGAGCUGCUGUCAAGAACGCGGCGUAUGUAA